AUGCCGUCCGACCUCUCGCAGAGCAGGCUCCAAGGGCUCCCGUUGGCCCCCGAGACCGUCCUCGCCCUCGCCGCCAAGGGCCGUAGCCUUUACGAAAACUUAAUCCACCGGCUCCAGCACUCACGGAGCGACCCAGCACUCCACGGGCUUGACCCCAACUACGAGAUCGAAGCCUCGCAUCUUGAGGACGCAACCGUCGGCGAGGAACUGGACGUCGCCAUCGGUAACGCCGGGCACCCCUUGGCGGGUUAUAUAUUUAUCCAAAUCCGAAACAACCCGUCCGCCGUCGCCACCCCUCCCGCGGACAUCUACCAGAACUAUGCGCAUGCCGGGGGCAAAGCUUUGCUUUGGAGGGGUGGGACGUUUGUUUAUGUCGGACGCUUUGGCGGAGACCUGUGCUUGGGGUGCGUUGGGCUCAUGCCUACCUCCCCGGGCUCUGGACUCUUGCAACCGAGGAUGCACGGUACCGACUGGCGGGGUCUGGGGGCCAUUUGGCGCCUGAUCAUCAGCAACGAGCAAACCCAGCGGCUCAUUGGCACUAUUUGCGGAGGUCGACUCGGCCCCCAGGAGUUUCUCGCUGGUGACGACCGAUUUUUCGCCCUUUUGGGCAGCGAGCACGGCAAAGCACCUUGUCGUAUGUUGUCGACUUACCCGGAUAUGUUCGGACGGAAGUGUAUCUCCCGGGUGGGCGUGUUCCCGAACGGCGGCCCGAGAGACCGGCCGAGUCUUUGCUGGUUCCUCGAGGAAGCACCUCCGCCGCCGCCGCCUCCGCCAUCACCCCCAGCCCCAACCUCCACCACCACUCCAGACCGGCCACUCUCUCGAAAGGAGGCCCGGCAGUAUAAAAAACGUCUCGCUAGCCAGGCUUCGUCUGCCUCGCCCGUCACGCCGACUCGCCCUUCCCGCCGCUCGCACGCGCGCAACGCCUCGGCGCCUCAGUGAGCCUUCCCUCCUUUGACCCGGG